CCAUUAAAAUGUUGAGAGCGUUUGCCAUUACUACUUUCCUGCUUACAGCAUUGACCUCGUCCCAAGGACAUAGGGACGAUUAUCUGAGAUUUCCAGAUCCAGGAAAUAUUCCCAGCUAUAACCAACGACCCUGUGGGCCCCGAGUCUGUGGCAAAAGUGGGCAUUGCUAUCGCAGCUUUGAGAGCAUUUGUGACUUUAACGAUUACAAUCUGAAGAUGAUAUUCAGUGGCCAAGAAUUAUUUCAAUUGACAGAGCCCACCUAUUGCCAAUCGUCGCCCCCACGGACAAAGCUUAUUGAUGUCGGCUACUAUUUUAAUCACCGCAGUUUGUUAGUUGCUCAACCGCAGCCUUCGACUUAUUCAUCGCCUAUUCCACGACCCAAUAUUCCCCGAAAUCCGGAAAAUAUUGAACGUUACGAGGCAUAUCCGUCAGCAGAAUCGUAUGGGCCAGUUCAAGACUAUGUGCUUCCUUAUCCGGUAUGGGGAUUUAAGCGGCCCCAAGUCCCACCAAGAAAUCACCCAGUCAGUUAUAGACCUCCUUAUUGGUCCUAUCCACCACGGCGGCCCGGAACAACCAAGCCAUGCUACGAAAAAACUACAACCACCACAAAGGCUCCCGAAAUCACCACCACAAAUGCUCCCGAAACCACCACCACAACAACGGAGGCAUCAACAACGACGACUACAACUGAACCUUCAACAUCAACAACCACAACAAGCAAGCCCAAAACAACAACUACUGAAUCUGCACCAACAUCUACGGAAAUAAUAACAACAACCACCGAACUCACAACAGCAACGGAACCAGCAACAACCAAACAACCAGCAACAACCACACAACCAGCAUCAACAACACAGGAUAUUACAACUGCAGAACCUACUACAAGCACAACUGCAGAUCCAGCUAAAAGCACAACUACAGAGCCAACAACAACCACAGAACAAUCUAGUACUACAGAGCCAACCACAACCACAGAACAACCUAAUACCACAGAGCCAACAACAACCACAGAGGUCACUACAACCACAGGGCCAACAACAACCACAGACCCCACAACAACCACAGAGCAAACAACAACCACAGAGCCAACAACAACCGCAGAGCCCACAACCCCAGAGUUAACAACAACCACAGAGCAAACAACAACCACAGAACAAACAACAACCACAGAGCCAAUAACAACCACAGAGUCAGCAACAACCACAGAACUUGCCACAACUACAGAUCCAACGACAACAACGACUCUGUCAACAACAACUACUGGUUUACCAACAUCCACGGAACCAUCAACAACAACUACUGGUUCACCAACAUCCACGGAACCAUCAACAACAACUACUGCAACGACUACUACCAAAUCUUUAACGACAACAGACCCAAGCUCUUCAUCUACAAAAACCACGACGGUUUCUUCCACAACAACAACAAAAGAUCCAGCAACGACAGAAUCUUUCACAACAACUACGACAGUUCCUUCUACAACGACAACAAAUGAUCCAACUACACCUGCUGAAACGUCUACAGUAACAACAACCCCGGUUUCCACAACAACGACUUCGAAACCCUCCACAACUUCUUCAACAGAUUCUUCUACAAGCACAACAACUACGGAUGCCCCAUCGACGACUACAACAACCACUGUAGCUUCUACAACAACUAACCCGGCGACUACCAAACCUGUAACUGUGGAGGUUACCAACGAGGAUGGACAAAUAGUCGACUUCGAACUGGCAGCCAUGGCCGUGAAUCCGGAAACAGGAGAGCCAAACUGUGCGGAGCCCACCAAUGUCGUGAUAACCACAGGAUCAAGGAUCGUGUUCCAGUUCUCUGGGUGCAUUGUGGCGAGGGUUGCCACCAGAGUUACCACUGAACCAACAACCUCGACCAGCACCACGGUAGCAACAACAACCCAAAGUACCCCGUACUAUCAGUGGUAUGGCGGUUCAUCGGCCUACGCACAGUCCCAAUUUCUAUAUGCAUAUUAGAUCAACAUUAAUAUAUUUA